UUUCCGCGCCGCGCUGAACCGACAUGGAAACAACAAGCAGCCACGGUGCCGUUAAACCGGAGGAACAGCCGACAGAUGAAGGCCUGGAGGCGGACCGGUCCAUGUCGAGGUCAGACAGUGGCAGUGGAGAUGACUCCCUGGAUGGCCUCCCUAACCGUGUCCCCAGGUGCCCUUUGACCCCGUCUUUAUCACCACGAAAACGGACCACGAGUCAGUCCAAGACAGAACCUCCACUGCUGAGGACGAACAAGCGGACCAUCUACACCGCCGGCAGACCACCAUGGUACAACGUCACAGGGACCACCUUCAAAGAGGCCUUUGUAAUUGGUCUGUGUGGAGGAAGUGCUUCUGGUAAAACCACGGUGGCCAAUAAGAUCAUUGAAGCGCUGGACGUCCCCUGGGUGGUUCUGCUCUCCAUGGACUCUUUCUACAAGGUGUUGAAUAAAGAAGAGCAGGAGCUUGCAGCCAAAAACGAGUAUAACUUUGACCACCCUGAUGCCUUUGACUUCGAGCUGCUGGUCACCGUCCUCAGGAAGCUGAAGAAAGGGAAGAGCAUCAAAGUCCCCGUGUACGACUUCACUUCUCACUGCAGACGCAAAGAAUGGAAAACGGUGUACGGAGCCAACGUUGUCAUCUUUGAAGGCAUCCUGGCGUUCGCCAACAAGGAGCUGCUGAAGCUGCUGGACAUGAAGGUGUUUGUGGACACAGACUCUGACAUCCGCCUCAUACGGAGGCUGAAGAGGGACAUUUCCCACCGCGGUCGGGACAUCAGCGGCAUCAUCAAACAGUACAAUAAGUUUGUGAAGCCGGCGUUCGAGCAGUACAUCGAGCCCACGGUGCAGUCGGCUGACAUCGUGGUGCCCAGAGGUGGAGAAAACUUUGUAGCACUGGAUUUGAUUGUUCAGCACGUUCACAGUCAGCUGGAGAAGAGGAAGCUGCGCUGGGAUAUAUCUGCUCUGGCCUCGGCUCACCAGGGCCAGCCGCUACCCAAAACCCUCAGCGUGAUGGAGAGCACGCCACAGGUCCGCGGCAUGCACACCAUCAUCAGGAACAAGGAGACGAACAGAGAUGAGUUUAUCUUCUACUCCAAGAGAUUAAUGAGGCUCCUGAUAGAGCACGCCCUCUCCUUCCUGCCUCUCAAGCCGGUGUCUGUGGAGACGCCUCAGGGUGGCGUCUACAACGGCAAGAGGCUGAGCGGGCAACGAAUCACAGGUGUUUCUAUCCUGAGGGCCGGAGAGACCAUGGAGCAGGCUCUGAUGGCCGUGUGUAAAGACAUCAGACUGGGAAAGAUCCUGAUCCAGACCAACCACGACACUGGAGAACCAGAGCUCCACUAUCUCCGUCUGCCCAAAGACAUCAGCGAGGACUACGUGAUCCUGAUGGACAGCACCGUGUCUACUGGAGCUGCUGCCCUCAUGGCGGUCAGAGUGCUGCUGGACCACGAUGUGGCGGAGGAUAAGAUCUUCCUGCUGUCUCUGCUCAUGGCGGAGAUGGGCGUCCACUCGGUGGCCUACGCCUUCCCUAAAGUCCGCAUCAUCACCACGGCCGUAGACAAGGAGGUCAACGACCAGUUCCACAUCAUACCGGGCAUCGGUAAUUUUGGAGACCGUUACUUCGGCACCGACGCUCCGUCCGACUGGUGUGAGAGUGAUGAAGGGAUGGACUUCUGAAAGAGAGAGAGAGAGAGAGAGAGAGAGAGAGAGAGGAGCUGUGAGGAUGAGGAGCGUUCUUAAAGAAGCACUUAGUGAGAUGAAGACAGUGGAGACUCCUUCAUCCCUCAGCGCUCCGACCUGGUGACGCUCUAAUCAAACUGCUUCCUGUCGGCUCUGAGAGCUAAGUGGAGAUUUCUCAUUGGUGCCAUUCCCGUUUCAGAGUUUACAGAAAGUCUCAAAGUGUUCCACGUCCUGCAGGACGUCUGUCGCCUUCGACUCAUCCACUCGUAAUUAUUCCACUGCAGUUUAAAAAAAAAAAAAAAAAGCUGCAACUUGAGCUACAUAUUGAGAAAAAUGCUUGAAUUUAAUGUAAAUAAUGUUGCCAGUAAUGUGUGUUUAUUGUGCCUGAAGCUGCAGGCUGUGAAGUUUGAAUUCAGUCAGUUUUUACAGGAAGAGCCUUAAAAAUCUUGGAGUUUCUUUCAGGAUUUUGCACAGUGAGUCUCUUUGCCUUCAGAUAUUGCAGAUAAUUAAAUAAUUAAAAUUAAGCUGGGGAGAUCAGGCGAGAUAAGAUAAAAAUAUGUACUUUAUAGUGUUCGGUCAAUACACGUAGAAUCAGUGAUUAUCAUUUAUUUUGCACACAAACAGAAAAUAACGCCUCAUCUUUACAGACGAGUCUCUGUCUCAAGUAUUGGAGGUUUCAGGAGGAUUUCCAAAGUUAUAUAUCAUAUCCAGCAGCGUACUGUGAUUCUAGUUAAUAAUUCUUAGUGUAUUACAGCUUUGAUCCAGCUGUCUGUACUGUUUCAUGGUAUCUCAGGCAACUUUCACUGAAAGGAACAACAAGGAUUCAUACUUGAACAUAUAAGACUGACUGAUGAUUAAGGGGAAGCAAUCAAAUGUUGUUUUUUAUUUUGUUUUAUCUGUUUAAUUUGUUUAAUUUUGUUUUUAUCUCAGUUGUUUCCAACACAAUUACAGUCGUUUUAUCCAUUUUAUUUGUUAAACUUACAUGUUUCCAGCACGCUCAGAAGAAAUAGUUGUAGUUUUUUUAACUCUUGUGCCUCAAAGUUGCUCCAAGAAGAAAAAAAUCUAUAUUAUUAUUAUUUUCUACUUUCACUGAGUAAAAUCUUUAAAUUAACUUAAGUCCUGAUGUCAAAUACUGCCAAAUAAUUAUUUUUGGGGGGAUAUUGCCACAGUUGCUUCCAAAAAACCUGAAAAAAUAUAAAUAUUUUCAGUGCACUAAAUAAUAGGGGGAUUUUUUUACAGUAUGGGAUUUGUCCAUUUUUAGCAACAAAAGUGAUUUUAAUCCAUUAAAAUUUUUGUGCAUCACAAGAUUUAAAACAAACUAAAAAAUCCCACUUGUCCUCUUCUUAAAACUUCUAUAAAAAUACUAUAUAUUCAUAUUCAUAUUAUUUUGUACUCACUGAUUUUUAACCAACACCAGUCUUGACCAUAACUACAUAAAAUAUUCCUUAAAUUUUCAGAAUUUUAAACCUUUAAAUACCAGUUUGUUCACAAUAUUUCUAAGUGUAAUGACAUAAUUUGAAUUAUCUUCUGCAUAUUAAAUGCUAGAGGAUUUUUUAUUCUAGUCUGUGAUGUGUCAAUAAUUGCAAAAACAUAGAUUUGGAUGCAUUUUAAUUGUUGGUUCAGUGUCAGUUUACGGCUCUGACUGACUGUAUUUUGGCUGCAUGGUUUAUUACAGAGUUAUAACAGAAUCUGCAAUAUUAAGUAUGAAAACAUGAGAUAAAGUAAUUCUUGCUAAAUGCAUUAAAGCCAAAAUGAGGCACAAGGGUUAAAAACAUUGAGCGUCAUCACUACAUUACAAAACCAUAUUUAGCUUAGCUUUAGCUGCUAAUUAAGUCAAGUUAUAGCGCUGUACUGCAUUGCUUGAUACACUUAACGUUACAAUGAUCACUUUUUAUAUUCCAGGAGACUGAAUGACACCAAACUUUAUUAAUGUCUCAUUUAAAACUACAAAACUACAGCACUUGUGUCAUAUUUGGAGACUGACAUAUUUUACUGGAUAUAAUAUGCAGAAACGGACCCUCCUCGUUGUGGUGACCUUGUUUAAGCAGCUGCUUUUUUAUGUUUUAAUUUAUUUAUUAUGUGUUUUGCAGGGAUUCUACAGCUUCACACAUUUGUUUUGCAUUGCAUCAGAUCCAUUUAUUCAAGUUACAUAAGCAGUAUGUUAUUGUUUUAGUGUUUAUUACGCUGAUGUUCUGCAGAAAUGUUCACUGUGCAGAUUAUAUCAGUGUAACAGGUUUAUUUUGACUCAUUUAACUUGCAUUAAUAAUAAUAUCUGCAUCCAUUCCAGGUGCUCCGAAGCAUUAAGUACUUAAGUAAAAGUAGCAAUAUCGCAGUGUAACAAAUACUCUGUUACAAGUGAAUGUCCUGCAUCUAAACUCUCAGUAUGCAGAAUGACAAAUGUGCAACUGCAAACUAAUUUUUUUUUUACUAUCAAUUAAUCUGGCACUUACUUUGAUUAAAUAACAUUAAUAAUAAUAAUACAAUGUCAGCAAAUUUUGAAAAAUGUCCAUCCUGAAUUCAUAGAAUCCAAGAUGAUGCCUUUAAAUGACUUAAUUUUUCAGUCCAAAGCCCAAAAAUAUAAAUUUUAAUGUGAUAUAAAAAGGAGGAAAGCAGAAAUCUGCAAAUUUGAGACUAAUUACACGCAUAACCUGCAAGUUUUGCAUGCAAAGCAAAAUUAGCAAAAUUGCUUGAAACAAUCGAAUGAUAAUUAAGGUUUUGAUUGUUUUUCUAAAAUUAUCUUUUAAAAUCUCAAAACGUUUAGUGGAGUAAUCAUAGCAGCUCUAAUUAUAUUAUCACAGGGUUCCCACAGUCAUGGAAAACCUCAAAAAAAAAAAAUUAUCCAGUUUCUGAACCUCAUUGUCCAGACCUGGAAAAGUCAUGGAAUUAUCUAAACUUGAACAUUUUGGAAAAGUCAUGACAUUUUUUUUGUGUGUAAUGAAAUAAUUUUUGCAGAAAUCUCCCACAGAUAACCUCCCAAUUAAUAUAAAAUAAGGGCAAAUUAAUUUUUGGUUGCUGUUGAUGUAACUUGCAUUGUGUUUAAGUUUUACAUUAACUAUCACAUACAUUUAUUAAUCUUUGUUCUGGUGUUCUGUCUCCCCCAUUUUUGAGUUUACAAUUUCUCUGAUACUGACAGAAUUUUUGUAUUUUCUUGUUUAAGUCGACAAACUGAUUUUGCCGCAUUGUUUUCCAGACUUGCGACCACUUUUAAAUUGUAUUAUGGGGCCUUGAAAAGUCUUUGAAAA